AUGCGUCUCUGGACUCCUCGGUGCGCUCUUUUGACUUCGCUCUGCCUGUUUCUUAACUGUUCGUGCACAGUGUCGACUUUCGAGGUGACACUGCUUCACACCAACGACAACCAUGCCCGGAUCGAGGAGACCAGCGGGGACUCGGGGAAGUGUUCAGACGGGGAGCCUUGCUUCGCUGGGGUGGCCAGGAGGUUCACUAAAGUGAAGGAGAUCCGGGAAAAGGAGAAGAACGUGUUGUUUCUGGAUGCUGGAGACCAGUUUCAGGGAACUGUCUGGUUCAACUACUAUAAAGGUGCCGAAGCAGCGCACUUCAUGAAUAAACUCGGUUAUGAUGCUAUGGCUUUUGGAAACCAUGAGUUUGACAAUGGAGUGGAGGGUCUGAUCCAGCCCUUCCUCCAAACGGUAAAUUGCUCUGUGGUGAGUGCUAACAUAAAACCUGACCAGACUCUGGCCGAGAAACUCAGUGGCUACUACCAGCCCUACACAGUCAUAAAUGUGGGCUCAGAGAGUGUGGCUGUGGUCGGCUACACCACUACAGAGACCCCCUUCUUAUCCAUGCCAGGCCAGCACCUAAAGUUCGAGGAUGAGGUGGAGGCACUUCAGGUUCAGGUCGAUAAGCUGGAAACUUUGGGCUAUAAUAAGAUCAUUGCCCUGGGCCACUCUGGCUUUGACAUUGAUCAAGACAUCGCCAAGCGCGUGAGAGGGGUUGACGUCGUUAUUGGAGGACACACCAACACAUUCCUCUAUACUGGUAAGCCCCCAUCCACUGAAGUGCCAGCAGUGCCGUACCCUUUCAUGGUGAGGUCUGACGAUGGGAGGAACGUGCCGGUGGUCCAGGCCUAUGCCUUUGGGAAGUACCUUGGAUACUUAAAAGUCACAUUUGACAAAGCUGGGAAUGUGGUAAAAGCUGUUGGAAACCCCAUCCUAAUGGACAGCAGCAUACCUCAAGACCCAGAUGUCCUGGCUGACAUUGAGAAGUGGAAGAAAAACUUGGCUCAUUAUUCCUCACAACAUGUAGGACAGACCUUAGUCUACCUCAAUGGGACGUUUGAAGAGUGUCGAUUUCGGGAGUGUAACCUUGGAAACCUGAUCUGUGAUGCUAUGAUUUAUCACAAUAUAAGGUUUUCAAGUGAGCUGCAGUGGAAUCAUGUGGGCAUGUGUAUGCUGAAUAGUGGCUCAGUAAGGUCAGGCAUAAACGAGCACCACAAAAAUGGUACUUUUUUUCUACAGAAUUACUGGGUACUUAAUUACAAAGGCCAUUUUGCACUGGCUGCAGUUGUAUUUUUUUUUUAUAUAAUGCACCAGUAUUUGCCCUUCCAUUUAGGUUCUAUAACUAUGGAGGAGAUCUUCACCGUCUUACCUUUUGGAGGAACCGUGGACUUGGUCCAGAUAAAGGGAUCGACAGUGAAAAAAGCAUUCGAACACUCCAUUCACAGAUAUGGAGGCAUGUCUGGAGAAUUUCUUCAAGUCUCAGGCAUUCACGUUCAGUACGACCUCUCCAAACCGGUGAACCAGCGCGUAGCGUCUGUGUCCGUGCUCUGCACCAAGUGCCGUGUGCCUAAGUACGAGCCGUUAGACCCGGAGAAGAAUUACACUGUGGUCAUGCCUUCAUACAUGGUGGGCGGAGGUGAUGGCUUUACCAUGAUCAAGGAGGAGUUACUAAAGCAUACCACAGGUGACAUGGACAUUUCUGUUUUUUCCAAAUACAUCUCGGACAUGAAGCGUGUUUACCCAGCAGUGGAAGGUCGGAUCACGUUCAGGAACUCGGCUGUCUUUACAGCUCACAGCCUCGGUUUGUUGCUGCUGAGUUUAUAUCUGUCCCUGAAUGGGAAACAGUGAUAAACUGAACAGCUGCUUGUAAACUCCUCCGGGACUUGGUUGACUGCCUUUCCAUCUCGCUGCCUUCAAGGCCAACUCAAGGACAAUAGGAUUGCAGGUUCAACCUCUGGGUAGAUAGUCAGUCAGUUCUAAUAACACCUUUCACACAUGUAUGCAAGAUUUUACAACUUCAACAAAUUAAAUAUGAAAAUGGUAAAAAUGUAUUGGAUAUUACUAACAUGAAUGUAAAAGCAAGGCAACAUUCUACUUUUUAGUGAGAUAAUAAAGCAUAGUUUGUUUGUUUCCAGGACCAUUAAUGAGAGGCAAUAGUUUCAUAGCAGUUCACAUCUGUGGCCUUACCACAAUGUGCUCAACAUUAAAAUAGUAGAUUAUAAAAGGAAUUCAUUUAAAGUUUUACUACAGUCAACUGCAGCUGUCGAACAGAUGCACACUUUUACACUGUUGGCUUUGAUAGUUAAGACUUUACACUGUCAUUUGUUUCUAUAAUUUAUUUUGCAAAAUAAAUGAUACAUACAGCAGGAGAAGCCUCAUUUCCUCUUCUUGCUGUGGCAUAUAUCCAGGUCAGAUACUGUACAUGUGAUCUAUGUUAGGUUCAGGUAACCAAACCAACACAAGUCUCUUCAGGCGUUUCAGCUUUAGGUUAAUGCCUAGAAAGCAUAACAGCUCAUGUCCAUUGAAGUCCAUCUUACAUCCAUGGAGCCAUCACAGAGGCCUCCUUCUGUACCUGCUGCGGAAAACAAACAAACACAGCCUAAGCAAUAAAACAGACCGUCUUUGUCGUCAAAUAGGUGUUCCAUUAUAUAAGUAUGACUUUUUGAAGAUUUAAAUACUAUACAAUGCAUGUUAAUAUUAUUCUGCUAUUAAUUACGCAAUGAUUAUGUAGAAAAAAAUCUUACUAAUUAAAACAUUAACACUGUACAUCAAAGUGUUACAUUUCAACAGCCCCAAAUACAUCCAAACAAUGUGCAUACAUCUUGAAUUAGUUUUCUAAUAAGUAACUUCAAAAUAACUGCAAUGUAUAACUGAAGUAUCACAUACGCACUGAGAAAAUCAAAUAUAAAAGAUAAGAUUUUAAUCUAUGGAAUCAAACUCUUUGCCUUAUAGUAAGACACAUUCAAUAAACAACAAGUCUUGUCUGGAUGAAAAACAAAACUCCAUAAGUCCA